AUGAUCCUGAAGCUGGAGGUGCAACAAGAGCCAUGUCGAUGCAACAAGGCGGAUGCAACCGUGGUCACAUGGGCUGGCUUAACCAUGUAUAGCUUCACAUGGCCCCCAUUUUGCCUGGUGAAAAGUUAUCAUAGCUCCAGAGCUGAAGCAGUUCAGAGCGUUCAAAAGACCAUCGGUGAAUUGGCGCAGAUGUUCCAGAAGAUGGCCGUGAUGGUCACCGCGCAAGAAGAAAUGAUUCAACGCAUCGACCACGACCUGGAUGAUACUCUGGACAACGCCACCAAAGCACAGGACAAUUUGCUGCAGUAUUUCCACUACAUUUCUUCGAACCGUGCUUUGAUUAUCAAGGUCUUUUUGAUCCUGAUCUUCUUCGUGAUCUUCUUCGUGGUUUUCCUGGCCUAG